UGCGUUUGCAAGAUACUAAACCACUUCUUCGUAUCUACAGAUAGACACGAUGAUAGUACCCAGUUCCCAAUUCGUACCCGUUCCCUCGAGAGCCCCGCUGGCAUUAGCGCUAAGAAAACGAGCGCCACCAAGCACAAGAGGAACCGCGCUGGCACUAUCCGCGCAUCUGACUUCACACAGCCUAAACCCCCUAGCACCGGUGGUUCCACGCUAACCUCCCUCGUUUCGACUAUCGCCGGGCCUGCUGGUUCUCUUCCUGGCCGCACACGCUCCGGUACAGUUGUCGGCCCCAACUCGAAACUCGCGAUACGGCCACACGCGAAGGGAACCAUGAGAAAACAGCCCGUGAUGCAGCUAACGCGACGUGAUGCCCACAGUAGGUCGGAAGAUGGCAUGGACAUUUUCAAGGUGCAUGAUGACGUGGGCCCAUGGAACACUGAGGAGCCCAACUACGCUGGUGUAGUGCAGAGGCUGAAAGGCAAGAGAGGGAAGAAGAAGGUUGCGCAUGAUGAAAUUACGUCAGAUGAUCCGUUGCUUAUCAUUGGUCCAUGGAAGGACGAAGAUUGGUCUUAAUUCCCUUUCACUCAGGCGCUGUCAAAAUGCUGUCUGUUUUCUUCGUGUAUUUUAUUCUUGCACUUGUGCAUUCACCUCAUGGACUUUGUCGGACUCAGGAUAGUUUGUACAUCACCUGUUUAUCAUCAACUCUG